CUUCAUCAUCGUGUCACCAGUGCGGCCUGGGCAAUCAAGGCUUUCUAUCCAAUCAUAGAUCGCAGCUGGCGAUUCCCGCCUUCCUUUUUUCUUAUCUAGAGAUCCAAGGGACAAACUAAUGCACGCCACCUGCUCGACAGCUUGAGAACCCAAAAACGCCACCGCGCAACCCACAUCAGAAGACCACGAAAUGCCACACGCCGCCGUCGUGGCAGCGGCCGUAUCUGCCUCUGUGGCCGCCGUCGUCGCAUUCGAGCUGGGCGUCUUCAAGCCAUGGCGCCAGGAGAACUGGCCCGAGGGGGUUGGUGAGGGUCUCAAGGGCGAGUGGGAGGCAUUCAAGCGUGAUAUCCAGGAUGGCUUGCACGACAUUGCUGGAGGGCGGGAUCGUGAUAUGCGAAGGCAUCGAGAUGGGGGUGCAUGGCAAGGCAACGACGCAAGGGAGGAGCAGGAAGAGGAAGAAAUGCUGAGGAGAGAAAUGGACGAAUUCGAGAUGCACCAGCGCGAGAGCACGCUGCAGAAGCAGCGAAUGAUGCAUGAGAUGGAGCACGAAGCGCAAGCAAACGACGGGAGUCUGUACAGCAACUACACCGAGGCAAUCAAGGAGGCCAGGAACGCCGACGGGACAGCGUACGUGAUUCGAAAGCGAAAGACAAAGCCGCCCGGUCCAUUGGUCGAUGCAACAAGUGGAAGCAAUGUCCUGACCCCUUCUGCACUGGAGAAUGCGCCUGAAGUCGAGUCGCCGCAUCACCACGUCGGCGAGGCUUCUCCUUCGGUGGCUUCCGUCACGCUCAUGUCCUUGGACUCGGACCAAGAAUUCGUGGAGAGCCACAAUCACCUAGAGUCUGAACACGCACUCGAGAUAGACACUGCGGAGUCCGCAAAUGGCCGAGGGCUCGACCUCAUCUCGGCAAUGGACCGUGACGAGGUCGCAGUCGAGACCGACGUCCACCCUUUUGCCCCUGCGCCCUUGUUCGGCGGCCCACAGCACGAGCCACCCCUCCUCGUCAGCCCACCGGAGAGCGUCAGCAACUGGACCGAGGCCGGCAUCAGCGCGGGCACCAUCUCCGGCCCAGCAUCGAGCUACGGAGAGGUGGCGCUCAGCCCGCGUGGCUCGACCGACAGCGUCCUAGACAGCGACGAGGACUGGGUGCCCCUCCAGCAUUCGAGGCCUCCUUCCCCGCCUCAUUCCUAGCAUCCAUUCUCCUGGUUCCCUUACCUCUUCUCUGUAGCCUUACUUUUAGCUUUCUUUCGAUAAUGUCACGCACGAUCUCGCUCUUUCAUAU